GGGUGCUGUCCAGUUUCAAAAAACAGAGUGGUUUUUAAGGAUUAGCAUCGAUUCAUCUCGCUGCUCUGAACUGUCUCGUUCGAUCUGUGUUUGAAGCAAGAUUAUUGGGCUGUGUAAAAUUAUUUUCAGUGUUGGGGCUGAGUUUUAGUUGCAAGUCUCUGCUGUGUUGAAUUCCGGGUUGAGGAUUCUACGCGGAGGACUGUUUGUGGGUUUAGCGGUAGUCGCUUGCGAAUUCCUGCACUGGCGGUAGCGUCAUCGCCUUAAUUUCGAGUGCCUCUUGACUCCCCUGGAAGUCGCAAUGUGUGCAUUCUUUCUCCAUCUGAAGAGUACCCCUUAUUUUCUCAUUUUAGUGCUUUGCGUUUUGUACCCGUUCAUCAUGUUUUUCCUCUCCAGGAAAACUCCUCCAGUGGCAGAGAAGUCUGUCCUUCUGCAUCCCUCGCAGAAGAUGAGGCACAUUCCAGCGAAGUGUCUUCACGUUUCCACGCCUACAUGGUGGUUGGAGAGCCGCUUUCAUUUCAGUUUUGCAGAGUACUAUAACCCGGCAAACCAAGAGUUUGGAGUUCUGCGAGUUCUUAACGACGAUCUUGUCAAGCCUCAGGCAGGGUUCGGUACUCACGGUCAUCGUGACAUGGAAAUCUUCACGUACAUUGUGGAUGGAAAACUGACCCACAGAGACAGCAUUGGGACGUCUGAGACCUUGGGUCGUGGCUCGGUUCAGUACAUGAGUGCGGGGACAGGGAUUAGACAUUCUGAGAUGAACAACGGCGAUGACUUGUUGCGCUUCUUACAAAUAUGGAUCAAGCCUGACAGAUAUGGUCUCAAGCCGAAUUAUGGUUCACGUGUAUUCAAGAAAGACGACCGUCACAACAAGCUGCAGCACGUGUUGACAGAUUUCAAAAGAUACGAGAGCGAGAAAGAUGCUGGUGAGGGUGUUAUCCCCAUCCACCAGGACUGCAAUAUUUAUGUAUCCGAGGCCGAUGCAGGUGUUGUACAAGACUUCGUGCUUGCUAAGAAACGGCAAGCCUAUAUGGUGUGCAUUGAGGGUAAACUUUCUUUAAGUGAGAAGGUGCAGCUGGACUUUCGUGAUGCGGUUGAGAUAACGGCGGGAGCUGUAGAAGAUCUACCACUGAAGCUCAAGGCUGAUGAGAAUGUGGGCGCACACUAUAUUAUAAUCGAGAUGGCUCUGGCGUAACUUAGCAUCAUGGUAACUUGUCAAGUCAUCAUUCUAGAAAUGGCCAUUUUUAGUUUUGAUUACUUUUCACGGGAUAGAAAAGGGGUAAAAUAAUCAGCUGGUUAGUUAUGCAUCACAGCUAGUCUUAUAGAUAUGUACCAUAUGUCACCAUACUGGUUCAAUGUAGUAUUUUGGAAGUUCUGUCAGGUGUUUUCAUUUUUACUCCACAAGUUCUACAUGCUGCAGAUGUAAACCUGUGUUGUAGAUCUGAUGGGUUAUCCAUGCCCACGUUUUGAAAUAGAAUAAUUAUAUACCAGAAGUUAAGGUUUACUGAA